UGGCCCUAAUAGCCAUCAUCACCCUCUUUCUCCCAGCAAGUCUGGAGACCUCAAAGAAGUCUGGUGUGUGAAACUCCCGCAGCAGCACUGUUCCCAGGAGCACCAGGAGGAGGUGGUAGGAGGGAGAAGGUUGCCACCCAGAGCAGGGUCAUUCGCCAUGGAGGAGACAGUCACAACAGAUCUUCCUUUGACCUACAUGACUUCUGGAUACGUGGACUACAUGCAAAUCAUUGAAGAUGAAUGCCAAAAAGUACCUUAUGGAUUUAUGGUGUUAGCAGUUGUCUGCAUGGGAAUUGCUCUCUGUGGAGUUGUGGGGAAUGGGACAGUCUUGUGGUUCUUGUGCUUCCAAAUGAAGCAGAACCCUUUCACAGUCUACGUCCUAAAUCUGGCCAUCGCUGACUGCUUUCUGCUGGUCUUGUUUUUUCUACUUCUAUUGGCCCUAUUCAGUUUAAUAUCCGUUUGCUCCUCCAUGUACAAGUACCUCGCUUUGUACGAAGAUUUUGUAUACGUCGUUGAAUUCCUGUGUCAUUUCUUUGACCUCAGCAGCAUGAGUCUCCUGGCAGCAAUCAGCAUGGAGCGCUGUAUCUCUGUCCUCUUCCCCAUCUGGUAUCGCUGCCACCGCCCAAAGCGCUUAUCAGGUGUUGUGAGCACAGUGCUCUGGGUUUUCGCUGGAUUUUUUGUUUCCUCCAUGUAUCUUGGCUUGAAAUUUGCUGAAAGCUAUGAGACAGUAAUUGCAGGGGGAGCCAUUGCCAUCUCCAUCACUUUGUCAUCAAUCAUGUUUAUUUCCAACCUGACCCUGUUCCUCAAACUCCGAUGUGGCUCACGUAGACGACACCCAGGGAGACUCUACAUUGCUGUCCUUUUCAAUGUGAUCUUCUUCUUCACCCUUGGUAUUCCUUUCAGCAUAGAGGUUUUCCUCUACCUUCCAAGUUCACAUGAAUUGCUUCCUGAGACUACGUCUUUUGUGCUGGCGUUGCUGAACAGCACCAUCAAUCCAGUCGUUUACUUUCUGGUAGGGAGCUGCCGGCAGCGGCGGUUCCAAAGCUCCAUGAAAGUUGCCUUCCGCAGAGUGUUUGAAGAGAAGCUGGUGAAUGAGAACCAUGUGCCUGGAGACAUGGUGGUGGAGAAUGCUCUAUAAGAACCUGUUGGUGAGGAGCUUGGAGACAUUGGGGUGUAGACCACUCUAUAAGGACCUGUUGGUGAGGAGUCUUGGAAUGCAGAGCCUCGCAGGCAUCUGGAGGGUGGACAUCCCCAUGCACUCAGUGCCUGCCUGCUGCCAGGAAGGGAACAAGGCUGCAUCUCAUCAUGAGGACAUCUGGCCAGCAUGGCACUGCCCAGCCAGUGUCGGUCCUGGACUGUAUUUCUGUGGCAAUGACCUUCAUUGCUCCGGCCCCAGCCAAUAAACUUUGGCUCCUUUUGCUCAGCAGAUGAGUUUUGCCAUGAGGGAUCUCUUGCAGGGGGAAAAUCCAAUACAUUAGGCCUUUGGGGACCUCUGGUCAUCUCUGUCGUCCAAGCAAGGCAGGGCUGUGCAAAAAGGGUUGGAGAAAUGGGAAGCCAAGGAGUCCUGGUGGCUGAUGGGGGGAUGAGUGGUGUGGAGAAUAAGACACAGGUAAAGUUACAAGAAGGGAGAAUGUUCUGAUAAGAACAUUCAAAUUAAAAACAGGGGGUCAGAUCUUUCACUGAAGCCAUUUCACGUUCAUUAACAAGGUUUGGAACUUCUGAUGAUUGAUUAUUGAUUACAAUAUUGAUUUAGCAGAGAUUUCACCAGAAACCAUGAUGGCUCCCAACUGUCUUCUCCCAUUUCCUGGUCACUCCAUUGGAAAUGGUCUCAGCUCCAUUGAUUGUGUUUAUAGUGGGAUCACCUGGCAGGAAUCCCUCCCACCCAAGUACUUUCCAUUUAUUUUAUUUCUAGCUGAAGUUUUCUUCAACAAUAAUAGAGAAAAGUAAUUUACUAUAACUAUAGAAUCAUAGAAGCCCCAUCCAACCUGGACUUCAACCCCUCCAGGGAUGUGGCAGCCACCACUGCUCUGGGCAACCUGGGCCAGGGCCUCCUCACCCUCACAGCAAAACAUUUCUCCCUAAGAUCUCAUCUCCAUCUCCCCUCUUUCAGCUCAAACUCUUCCCCUCAUCCUGUCCAUGCACCCCCUGAUCAAGAGCCUCUCCACAGCUUUCCUGGAGCCCCUUUCAGUCCUGGAAGCUGCUCUAAGGUCUUCCCACAGCCUACUCUUCUCCAGGCUCAGCAACCCCAACUCUUCGAGCCUGGCCUGGGACAGGAGGUGCUCCAGCCCUCGGAUCAUCUCUGUGGCCUUCUCUGUGCUUGCUCCAACAGCUCCAUGUCCUCCCUGCGCUGAGAACUCCAGAACUGGACACAGGGCUCCAGGUGGGUCUCACAGAGCAGAGCAGAGGGGCAGAAUCCCCUCCCUCCCUGCUGGUCCCACUGCUCUGGAUGCAGCCCAGGACACGGGUGGUUUUUGGGCUGUGAGUGCAUGUUGCUGGCUCCUGUUGAGCUUCUUCUCCUCCAGGGCCCCCAAAUAUUGUUGGUUUUAUGAUAGUCUUGGAGCAUAACUGAGUGAGGAUCUCUCCUGUCUGAGACUGUUUCAGUCUGCAGGUUCAAUUUGUGUCUUCUGUGAUGCCAUGAGGCAGGUGCUGCCAGGAUGGAGCAUUUUCACUGGCAGAGGAGGAGGAUGGAAUGAAGUCAGCAGCAGAGGAGAAUGGGUUUCUUUUAUAUUGUGAGGCAAUUUCUUAUUUCUGGUUCACUUUUCCCAUUGCUUCUACAGUAGGUGGGGGGAAAAUUACCCGUCAGGAAUUCCAUUGGUGGUGAUGCUCUGGGAGAUAGUUUGCAUCUGUGAAAGGCUCUUUGUGCAUUUGUACUGGGGCCAAAUGCUGUUGUCUUUGGGAUGGGUAGCAGAGAUGGUGGGAAGGUCUCAGAGGGAUGGCAUUCCCUUUCAUUUUGUCUUUCUUGGAUAUCAGGCUUGGUUUAGAUUGGAUAAGGCUAAGAGAUGGUAUUUGUUUCCCCAAUGUUUCCUACAAAAUUCACUUCCCAUGCAAAGCCUUACCCCAAAUCCUGCCAAGACCCCAAGAGGAGGAAACCUGAUCCAGUGAGAGGUGUCCCUGAGCAUGGAAGGGGGGUGGAACUGGGUGGGCUUUAAGGUCCCUUCCAACCCAAGCCAUUCUGUGAUUCCAUGAGAAGAAAAAUGGCUUGUCCAAUGUUCCUGGAGGGAACAGAUCAGACAAUGAAGCCUUCAUCUCCUGAGUGCUGGGUAAUCCUUUCAAGAUAUGAACAGCCCUCACUUUCCACCUUGGAAUGCUUCUGAGCCUUCCCUUCAAGGUAUUUGUAAAAAGGUGCCUAUUCCUGUCUCCUCCUGAUGGGCGAAGCCUCUCCAAACUGCCCAGGGCUCUUGCAGCUCCUUGGUGCCUCAUUGCUCACCUUUAGCCCUGGAGAAAUAGAUUGUUUUAAAAGUCUGAGCUGAAAGGGACUUUGGAAUGAGAGGAAACAGAGCAAUUUGGCAAGCUGAGAGAAUUGGGGUUGCUCAGCCUGGAGAAGAGAAGGCUCCAAAGAGACAUUGUAGUGACCUUCCAGUACCUGAAGAGGGUAUAGCUAGGGAGGGACUGUCACAAAGGCUUGGAGUGAUAGGACAAGGGGCAAUGGGUAUAAACUGGAAAGGAGCAGAUUUAGGCUUGAUAUAAGGAAGAAUUUCUUCACGAUGAG